CCCAGCUCCUCUCCUCUGUCCGCCUCUCCAUCCCUUCAUCUGUCUGUCCCUUCAAAGAGGGGGAGGGGGGUACCUGAGCCAGUAAGCAGCCCCUCCCUCCCCCUGUCCUGCGUCUCCUGCCCCUUUCCUGGGCCGGGGGGAGGCCAGGGUCGCGCGGGUCCCCAUGGCUGGGGGCUGAGGGCCCGCCCCCCCCUCCUCCCCAGCCGCCACCACCUCCACCUCCCUUCCAUCCUCGACAAGAUGCCUGCCCCCGGUGCCCUCAUCCUCCUCGCGGCCGUCUCCGCCUCCGGCUGCCUGGCGUCCCCGGCCCACCCCGAUGGAUUCGCCCUGGGCCGGGCCCCUCUGGCUCCUCCCUACGCCGUGGUCCUCAUUUCCUGCUCGGGCUUGCUGGCCUUCAUCUUUCUCCUUCUCACCUGUCUGUGUUGCAAACGGGGUGAUGUCGGCUUCAAGGAGUUUGAGAACCCUGAAGGGGAGGAUUGCUCUGGGGAGUACACUCCCCCUGCGGAGGAGACCUCCUCCUCACAGUCGCUGCCCGAUGUCUACAUUCUCCCGCUGGCUGAGGUCUCUCUGCCGAUGCCAGCCCCGCAGCCUUCACACUCAGGAGAGAUUUUCUCCGACUACACUCCAGCCCAGGUGGUGGUGAAGGAGCUCCGAGCCAGCGCGGGGCCCCUGGAGCAGCGCAAGUUCAUCUCGGAAGCACAGCCAUAUAGUGUACUGUUAGGUCUUGGAAAGCAGGCCCCUGUCUGA